CAACAGCAGUUAUGACUGAGUUGGGAACACCCUGCUCUAAUCAGAUGCUGGAACCUGAAUCUCCACAGCAGGCCAAAACACAUGGGUGUGUUGAACUUGAUGAAGAUCCAAAACCUGUCGAGACUACAGACCAGGAGGAAGACUACAAUGACUCUGACAUGAUCGACGAAGAUUUGGGAUGCUCAGUUUCCAGAAUAGAUUUUGCACCAAAAACAAAUCCUAAGAAUAAAGCCAUGAAAACUUUUGGAGAUCAAGAAAAUGUUGCAAAAUUGUCAAUGAAGCAAGCAGUCAAAGAUUUAAAACUUGUGACUUCUCUGGAGGAUUUACUUGAACUUGUGAUGAAAACUGACUUUCAAAAUAAUGGUGAUCUACACAAACACAACUGCGUCAAACGUUUACAACACCUAAUGUUAAUCUCUAAAAAGAGAAAGAAGCAACAAGAUGUGGCCAAGUUUGUGAGGAAGGGACAGAUAUCUGUAAGGAAGUUUUUUUAUGUUGACUACACGUGA